AUGGCCCGCCUGCAGCUGCUGCUGCUGCUGCUGCUGCCGCUGCUGCCGCCGCCGUGGACCGCCGCGGCCCGCGCCGCCGCGCCGCGUCCCGGGUGCUCUCCGUGCCCGGCCGGGCUCGCGGGCGCCGAGGGCGCGAGCUGCGGGGGCCGCGCGGGCGCGCGCUGCGGUCCGGGGCUGGUGUGUGCCAGCCGCGCCGCGGGCACGGCCCCCGAGGGCACCGGGCUCUGCGUGUGCGCGCAGCGCGGCGCCGUCUGCGGCUCCGACGGCCGCUCCUACCCCAGCGUGUGCGCGCUCCGCCUGCGCGCCCGCCUCGCGCUCCGCCCGCGCGCCGGGCACCUGCACAAGGCGCGCGACGGCCCCUGCCAACUGGCUCCUGUCAUUGUCCUUCCUCCCCGGAGCAUUCACAACGUCUCUGGGGCACAGGUGUCCCUGUCUUGUGAGGUGAGGGCGGUGCCUGCCCCAGUCAUCACGUGGAGGAAGGUCACCCACUCUCCUGAGGGCACCCUCGUGCUGGAGGACCUGCCUGGGGAUCGGGUCAAUGUGGCUGUCCAGGUGCGAGGGGGCCCCUCUGACCACGAGGCCACAGCCUGGAUUGUGAUCAACCCUCUGCAAAAGGAGGAUGAGGGCGUGUACCAGUGUCAUUCUGCCAACGUGGCCGGAGAGGCCCAGGCUCAUGGCACGGUGACAGUCUCGGCUCUCGGUGGAUUUGGUGCACCCCGCUUCCCAGCCCCCGAGGGCCACAUGUGA